GUUCUCAGUCAUGAUGGCGUUCUCCCGUCAGUGUGUGCUGUUCUUCUGUCUGCUAGCUGCUUUUUCAGUUUAUGCAGACAUGAGACUGGACUGCAGGCCUGAUUUUGUGACCUUGGUGUGGACUGAAAGCAGAAUCCACGUCGACCCAUCACUCCUUCGUCUGGGCAGCUGUUUUCCUACCAGUGUCACAGCCAUGGAGGCUGUUUUCAGUGUGGAUCUGAAUGACUGUAACUUCGACCGACUGGUCACUGGAGAUCAGAUGAUAUACACCAAUGAUCUGACCUACAUCUCCUCCCACGAGUCCUUCAGCCACCCUGUAGUGUGUGUGUAUGACAGGCCAAAAGACUGGUUCCCCCUUAUCUAUGAUCCUGUGUUUAACACACACGGUGAAGCAGGUCUGGUUUUUCACGCUGGACUCAUGAACGAUGACUUCUCAGGCCCUGCUGUGUCAAACACUUUCCCUCUGGGCUCCUCCAUCCCAGUCAUGGCCAGUGUGGAGGAGGCCACCCAUCAGCCCUUGCUGCUACUUCUGGAGGAAUGUCUUGCUGCUGACACACCACAACUGGUCCCAGAGAGCAACGUGUACACGGUCAUCGGCAAUAAAGGGUGUCUUGUGGACAGCAGAGUAUCUCGUUCAAGAUUUGAACCCAGAAUAAAAUCAUCUGAGAUCAAAGUAUCUCUUCAAGCCUUUAGAUUUGCCCUGGGAAAAGAGGUGUUUAUCCAUUGCAAACUUUUGGCUUGGGACCCCAUGGGUCUUGACAACACCAAAAAGGCCUGCCACUAUGUCAAAGACCACGGAUGGGAGCUUCUGGACAAUCCUGCCUACAGUAAUCUGUGUGAUUGUUGUGAUUCGAGCUGCAAAUCCAGGAAAACAAGGAGCAUAGGAUCAGGAGAGCUAGGACUGAGACACAAAGCAGUCAUUGGACCUUUAACCAUCACUGAGACCUGAUGUAUCCAGAAAUCAAUUCAUCUUUUGGACCAUCUGCAUCAUCUAACUUGGGUUUUAUUGUUUGAGCUUAUAAAAGCUGACUGCCUGCUUCUCCUUGCAUUCUAGAUGUGGCCAUUAAAAGAUGUACUAACCUU